AUGGUUACUGCUGAGCAGAAAGCAAGGAUAGAGGCCAAUAGGAAGUUAGCCUUGCAAAGGCUGAAAGCUCGGGGGAUUAUAUCUUCUAAUGGAACAAGUAGCGGGACUGAGGGAGGUGGUAAACCUGCUACUGGUGGAGCUGCUCCCGCUCCGAGCAAACAGGAUGAUAUGGCUAAAUUACAGGCAGCUGCACCACCGGAUUCGGUACGGGAUAGUACAGCUUUGCUCGAAGAUAGAAGUCAUAAGAGACCUUUGGACAGUAUACGACCUUCUAUAAGGAAACAAGACUAUAUAGAAUAUGACUUCGCCACAAUGAAGAAUCUCAACGGUGGGUAUAUCAACCCAGAGGAUAGAGUUGGUGGUUCCGAUGACUUCGAUGAUGAGUUUGGCAGCAAGAAGCAAAAGACAUUAGAUGAUUGGAAGCGGGAGCAGCAGGAAAGAAGGAUGUUAUACGAGAAUGCACCACCUCCUGAACAUAUAUCUCAGGCACCGAAAUGUAUCGAGUGUAAUGUUAACAUUGAAAUGGAUCCAGUAUUGCAUGAUGUGUUCAAGUUGCAGGUUUGCAAGCAAUGUAGUAAGGAUCAUCCAGAGAAGUACUCCUUACUGACAAAAACAGAAUGCAAAGAAGACUAUUUCCUGACUGAUCCAGAGUUGAAUGACCCUGACCUAUUUUACAAGCUAGAAAAACCGAACCCACACUCUGGUACCUUUGCCAGGAUGCAGCUAUAUGUGCGUUGUCAAAUUGAAGAGUUUGCAUUCAAGAAAUGGGGAGGUGAAGAAGGCCUGGAUCAAGAAUGGCAACGGCGUGAAGAAGGUAAAUCAUCUAGAAGAGAGAAGAAAUACCAGAAGAAGAUAGCCGAGAUGAGAUUGAAGACCAGAGCACAAGAGUAUACCACAAAGCUGCGAGAAAAGAAAUAUGGUAUGAAACAUGUACAUGACUUCAGCGUGGUUGUCACUACAGGGAAAGACGAAGACGGGCAUUCAUACACGAGAAAGAAGUGCAUUGAUUGUGGUCUUGAGAUGGAAGAGUCUGAUUUAUAG